AUGGCUCGUACAAAGUUUACCAAUAAAAGGAAGCAUCGUGGUGAGAAAGAAAUGGAGCAAGAAGUUGCUGCUACUUUAGAGCAGAAUGAGCCAAACGUUCUAUUGGAAGAGAAAUCGUUGGAAGAAGAACCUGUAGUAGGGAAAGACACUGAGCAUACUCAGUCAGAAGACAACGAGCAUACUCAGCCAGAUUAA